AUGAUGGCAUCGAAGGCAGCAUUUUUCAUUUUAUUCGCUCUCUUUCUUUCCUCCAUUUUGUUGGUGAGCGUUCCUGGAGCAGAAGCUCAGUUGAUCAUUCCAUGCAAGACAUCACAACAAUGUAAAUCGAUCGGAUGCUCGAAUGGUAGCGGUCAAUGUGUGAACAAACAAUGCCAAUGUCCUAGCCUCAAACAGGCUAAUAAGAUGACGACAAAUGCUCUUGCGCCGUGCAAGACGGCCUCUGAUUGUGCUGCUUCUCAUCAAUGCCCGAAGGGUUUAUAUGCUUGCUUUGAAGGAAAAUGUAUUUGUACGCCGUAG